AUGGAGGAGCCCCCCAGCCUUUGCAUCAAGCUCGAGCCCCAGGAUCCAGGUGAGUACAAAAGGCCCCCUCUUGGGGGGGUGGUAUAUGCGCGCGCCCCCUCCUCUUUUCCACGCCACCUGCUGGUCGUGUGUGAGUUGGAGAGUGGCACCCCCCCGGAAAAAAAUACCUGGUCGGUGUUGGUAGGGGUGUGUUUGUUGUGGGGGGUGUUGCAAGUUUGCCCAGCUGGGCAGGGAGAAGGAAGUCGGGUGGGGGGGGCGGGGGGAGGAAGAGCGAUGGCCCCUUUAAGAUCCCCCCCUCCCCGCCUUCCUCCAUCUUCCUGGGCACUUCAGCCCUGGACGGAUUCCUGCCUCUCCCAUUCAAAAAAAUAGCGACGAGGGAUUGAGCACAAAAGGAAACCGAGCUGCCAAGAAUCAAAUGACGUGAAAAGGGGGGAGCCCUCUCUCCCUGAAGGGGUGUGUGUGUGUGUCCUCACCCUUGAAGAUCAGGAAGACUUCGGGGGAGUUUGGCUCUCCUCCUUUGGGGAAACCCCUCCCCCCCCCCGUUUGGACAAACCCCUCUCAGCCCCCAGCCCCCAGGUGUGGUUUUGUGGGCCUGUCACUUUGACAGGUCCUGCUGCCCAUUUGAAACCAGCCCCUUCCAGUGUUGUAUACAGCACCCCUCUCUUUUCCUCCAUACCCCUGUAAAGUCUGUUACUCCUGCUUUGCAGGGGGUUGGACUAGAUGACCCUGGUGCCCCUUCCAACCCUAUGGUUCCACUACUUCAACCUUGCUUUCACAAAGUGACACAACAUCUUUGCUUCCUGGCCAGCAAGUCUUGCACCACCGCCCCUACCCCAACCGUUCCCCCCCCCCCCGUCAAAACAGUUACAGUGGUACCUCGGGUUACAGAUACUUCAGCUUACAGCCUCCGCUAACCCAGAAAUAGUACCUCGGGUUAAGAACUUUGCUUCAGGAUGAGAAUAGAAAUCAUGCUCCGGCGGUGCAGCGGCAGCAGGAGGCCCCAUUAGUUAAAGUGAUACCUCAGGCUAGGAACAGUUUCAGGUUAAGAAUGGACCUCCGGAAUGAAUUAAGUUCUUAACCAGAGGUACCACUGUACACUGUAUCUUCCUUGCAGCCGGGGACCUGUGUUGUUAAUCCGUUGUGCUGAUCCUAACUACCACCAUCACCCUUACUCUCAGCAGCUCUUUAAUUCUUUUUUUAAAACGCCAAAUAGGAAGAGGUUUUGUCGUAAGCUCCACUCAUUAUUAUUACUAUUAUUGAAGGCGAGUGUUUGUGUCUCCCCAGAAGAGUCGCUGUUCCCAGAAGAGGCGGCCGAUUCGCAAAGCAGCGGCGAGCUGCGCUCCGGACACGCCCUGCGGCCCUCUGGGAACGGCCUCGUGCGAGGGACCGCCGUCAAGGACCCCUCUGCCCUGCUCUCCGGAGGGCGCAAGUACUCGGAUCACUGCGAGGAGCGGGCGUCGAGGCCCGGCAAGAGCCGCAUCCCCGGGCGCGACCACCGGCGCUACUACCAUGAGCACUGGAGGGCAGAGUACCUGAUGGACUUCAACGCCGCCCGGCAUGGCAUGAUUUGCAUGGUCUGUGGCAGCUCUCUGGCCACCCUCAAGCUCAGCACCAUCAAAAGGCACAUCCGCCAGAAGCACCCCUACUCCCUGGCCUGGAGCGCCCAUGAGAAGGAGGUCAUCAUGAACAGCUGGGACGCCCACCUGGGCCUUGAGGCAGAGAGCGACGGAGCCAGAGAGCACCCCAACGCGCCCGAGGCUCAGGAGGGGGGCCACGGUAGGGGGGCCUAAGUUCACUGGUUUGUGGAUCAUCUUAAUCGUAGCCAUGGAUAGCCUUAUCCUUUGUUUGUUUGUAAUCAUUUUUAUUGAUUUUCCAAUAAAGACAGCCAAUCAGCAUGCCCACAUCAUAAUCUAAUUAAAAACAAAAAACUAAAAUAAAAAAGUCCAAAUUGUAAUCCAAAUUUUAAUUAUUAAUUUUUCCGCGCUCCCCAUAGUCUGGACCUCUGAAGCAUAUCUCCAAAUCUUCAGUCCUGCCUCCUCUCGUUGUUUUCAUAUUUUCCACAUCCCGACCUUAACGCUUUAAAGUUCUUCAUCCCUGGGUCUGCGAUUCUCAGUCAUGUCAAAAAUCAUACAGUGGUACCCCACAAGACAAAUGCCUCGCAAGACGAAAAACUCGCUAGACGAAAGAGUUUUCCGUUUUUUGAGUCGUUCCGCAAGACGAAUUUCCCUAUGGGCUUGCUUCGCAAGACAAAACGUCUUGCGAGUUCUUGCGAGUUUGUUUCCUUUUUCUUAAAGCCGCUAAGCCGUUAAUAGCCGCUAAGCCGCUAAUAGCCAUGCUUCGCAAGACGAAAAAACCGCAAGACGAAGAGACUCGCGGAACGGAUUAAUUUCGUCUUGCGAGGCACCACUGUAUAUGAUUUAUGAUGCCUUAUCCUCUGUUUGUUGAUCUAAUCCCACCUCCUUUUUUAAUAUUGUCAGAAAUGGUAUAUUUUUCUUCAGUGACUAUAUUUGUUUUUUGGCCAUAAAAUUGUUACUUGAACAGAUGACAAAACCUUCCAAAAAACCCUGACAACUAAAUUUUUAUAUAGGUUUCAUUGAAAAAGAGAGUUUUGUUUCUAGUGUUUGUGGAACUUCAGAUAUGCGGCACAAAAUGUUUAUUAAUUCUCCAAAAAUAUUCCAAAACAUUUAUCAUCAUAUCCUCCCCCCAAAAAAAUUCAGCAUAGAUUUCUUACUGGCUUCCCGCCCCCCCCCCCUUUCCUGAUGUUUGUUUUCCACUUCUUUUUCUUAGCUGUUUUACAGUACAUGUGUUUCUGUUAUCUAAACUUUGCUAUCCUAGUUCUUUCAGUUUAUAUACUGUUUAUAUUUCAAUUCCUGCCCGCAACUUCAUGUUUGGAUGAUACUUUGAUAGAUAAUCCUGACAACUAAAUUGCUUAACACAGUGAGAGGGUUGGACUUGCACUGUGGAGACCGAGGAUAUAAACGUGUCCCCCAAAUGCUGUUUGACUCCCGUCAUUCCCAGCCAUCUUACCGAGUUGUUGGGGAUGAAUGGAGUUGAAGUCCAACAGCAAAGGUUUUCUGCUAAGUCGGGCCGUCACCUCUUUCUAGCUCAAUAUUGUUUACAUCCUCCAGCCUGUGGGCCAAUCCUGGCCUCCCAGGGGUGGGUUGGUUCUGAUUUGGUCAGUGAUGUCAUUUCCCUCAAGCCACGCCCACUUGCUAAUCAGCUGGUGGAAUCAGCUGAGAAGUUUCCCAUUCUGCAGUUUCCCAUUCUGCCAGUUUCCCAUUCUGCACUGAAUGGCAACAGCUUUCUAGGCUUUCAGACAGGGAAUCUUUGCCAGCCCUGCCUGAGGAAGCCAUUGGGAAUUGAACCUUGUGGAUGAAAGACAAGAUGAUCUCUGUUUUCCCUCCCUGGGGACCCAUGCAGCUUUUUUUACACUUGGAUAUUUCUUUCAUCCUUCCUUUUUUAAUAAAAAAAAAUACAUUAAGUGGCCAUCCCAAGCAGAUAAGGAGGUUUUAUUUUUAUCUUUUUGUGAAGAUUUUUAAUUUAAUUUUAUAGUGUAUAUAAAAGUGAACAGAUGAAAAUUAAAAGAUGAAAAGCAAAACGAUAAAACACGCAUGCAGAAUAAGUGCAAUUGUACGUGGGUUAAAAACAAAACAAAGCCCAAGUAAAUAUUGUCAUGAUCUGAUUAUCAUAGUUCCAGAUUUGCCAAGGUGGUGACGGGGGUUAUCUUGAAAAUGACGGUUCCCUUGUAUAUGUCAUAAAGGAAUGCCAAAUCAUAUGUCUGGAGGUUCUAGGCUUGUCAAAAUCUCAAAUUAUGUGUGAUUUCCCCCCAUUUAUAGCUGUAUUCCGGAGUGGGUGGUACCAAGUGUUUAGCAUAAUAUUUUGGGCUAUUUCCCCCCUGAGUUUCAAUUACUAUUCGAGCUGCCACAAUCAUAUAUAUAAGACCAAUUCUUUUUUUUUCCUUUUCUUAAUUAAUUUAUUAUUAAUGUUGCAAUACAUAUAUGAAAUCUUUACAUAUUGCUACAUAUACAUUAUAUUCGUAAAUUCACAUUUCACAUGUGAAAAUGUGAAAUAUAAGACCAAUUCUUCUGACACUUUAUCUACAUUGUAGAUAUCAGUAACAUUAAUUUUGGACAUCAGACAAUAGUUUAUUUAAUAAUGUUCAUCAUCUCUGACGAAAUUAGAUUCCGAAAAGCGGACAAGAAGGUUCACCUGCUCUCCACCUGCCUUGCUUCUGUACAGGUGGAGAAUUUCCGCUGAGUAGCAGCCGCAGGAGGCGCCGUGGCCCAGGACCCCUCUCCUCUCGUGGGGGGCGACGGCCCUCCGGCCUGGCCUUGAAAGCCUCUCCGGGAGGGGAAGAGCAGAACUUGGAGCGCUACCUGAAAGAGUCCCUGCAGAGCUGGUUCCAGUCUGAGUUCCUGAUGGACUAUGACCCUCAGGGCAACCGCCUCUUCUGCAUGAUGUGCGGCUCCUCACUGCCCAGCCUCAACUUGGACGACAUCAAGAGGCACGUCAUGGACGCUCACCCCAGCUCGCUUGGCUUCAGCCCCGCCGAGAAGGCCAGCAUCCUGGAGACUUGGAACGCCCGGGCCGUGGUCCCGCCAGCCGAGGGCACAGGAGAGGCACCAGUGGGUGAGGCAGGAAACAGGCAGAGGGCGGGAGGGGAGGGCCGGAAGCAGAGCGCCGGAAUUAGAACGAUAUUUCAGCAGGCCUGCAAAUGACAUGAUUGUGCAGGUGGCGGGGAAGUAAAUAAAUACAGUCGUGCCUUGGUUGACGGACGCCUUGCGACUUGAACAUUUUGGCUCCCGAAUGCUGCAAACCUGGAAGUGAGUGCUCUGGUUUGCGAACCUUCUUUGGAACCCAAAUGUCCAACGCGGCUUCUGAUUGGCUGCGGGAGCUUCCUGCAGCCAAUUGGAAGCCGCCCCUUGGUUUCCAAACAUUUUGGAAGUUGAACGGACUUCCAGAACAGAUUCCAUUCGACUUGCAAGGUACCACUGUAAAUGGAGAAUGCGGAGGGUGAAGAAACUGGUGGAAGAGGCUGUCUGAGACCUCGUGAAGGCCACACGGGAUUUCGCGUGACCUUCGCAGAGCCCAGUAAGCAAGGCAGAGGGCUUGGAAAACUCAUUCUGCGCCAGUUUUUCCUGUCACGGAAAUAGUUUUUAAGCCACCAGCCUUUCUUCCCAGGCUCUGGGAAGGCUGCUUGAACCCUCAGGAAGGGUGUGGACCCCCCAGAGCAUUUCUGAGGCCUCAAACGACUUUCCCCUUCCCGGAGUCCAGAAAGGUAGGAUUGGUUGUACAGAGGGGGGGUUCCAGUUAUCUUCAUGACUUUGCAUGAUUUUGUAUCUGCUCAUGGAUCCCUAGAGCGUAAGCCCCGCAUAAGUUUUGGGCCUGCUGUGUUGCUCUGAAUCAGGCACCGUACUUAAAAUCGAGGAGCUCCUGUCUGUAGCUUCUUCUUGAAGGAAAUCCUGGGAUACAUGCUAGUGACCAAGGAUAAGGGAACCUGGUGUGGUCUGUAUGGUACAGAACUCCAGUUCCCAGCAGCCACAGCCAAUGGUCAGGGGGAGGGCCAAACAGCAGGUGCGAACAGGCAGCUCAUUUCUCCAAGUCCUUGUGUAAUCAGAAAGUGAGGCAUCCAGCAGUCUCUUGUGGGAGGGAGAGCGGAACCAAGAGUUGCGCAAGUACAAAACAGAUAAGUGAGUGCAGACUGAGCAUGCUCAGUGGGCACAGAAUCCUGGUGAGUGGCAAAACCCGGAAAAUCAAAGAUAGGCGUGCGGAAUGGAGUGUCCUCAAAACGGGGAUGGCUUGCGAGUUGGAAACAAACUGACUUGUUCUCCCUUGAACCUUUGGUGCAUCUAGCUCAGUAUUGUCUUCGCUAUCUGUACUAUACAUUUUAAAGCAGUAUCAUGCCACUUUAAACAGCCAUGGCUUCUCCCCCCCCCCCAAAAAAAAUAUAUCCUGGGAGUUAUAGUUUGCUAAAGGUGCUGAGAAUUACUGAGCGAACCCCCUUGUCACAGAGCUACACUUUCCGUCUCUUCCUGGGGAAUUCUGCGAAUUGUAGCACUGUGAGAGGAAUAAGGGUCUCCUAACAAAUCUUAGCACUCUUAACAUGUCACUGUUCCCAGAACUACAAAGGGGUAGUCGUUACUGCGGAUGAAUUGGCUCAGAGCAGAGGAUGCAAAGUGAGGCACAUAGAGAGGGCAAGACCAGAACCUUGGCAGUACUACGCGCAGGUUCUGCUUUAUGAACGAGAAACAGCGAACAUUCACCUGUUCAAACAUGAGGAAUGACUACCCAAACGUCGCUAGACACAUCACAGAUUCAGAUACUUGAACAGAGAGCAUCUUCUACUUCCUUGCUUGCCGUUUGCUGGUUGGUGGAGCAAUGAAGUGAGUGAGUGAGAGAUCAGACAAAUCAGAGCAUUUUUUCUGUUUUUCGGUGGGAGGUCAAAAUUCAAAAUUAGAAUUUUUCAAAAAUUAGGGGGAAAAGUCAAAAUUGGAAAUUUCCUUACAGGACUCAAUGGAAAUCAUUGACUCCUUAUGCAAACGCUUGGCUAACGAUCAAUUUGCAGGGAACACUGGGAGGUCAAAAUUCAAAAUUAGAAUUUUUCAAAAAUUAGGGAAAAAAUUCAAAAUUAGAAAUUUCCCCACAGGACUCAAUGGAAAUCAUUGACUCCUUAUGCAAACGCUUGGCUAACGAUCGAUUUGCAGGGAACACUGUGUGUUUGGUAAGCAGGACCUUUGUGUAAUUAAAUCCGUCCUCUUGUCCUCCCACCCCUUCCCACUCCUUCCUGGAUCCACCCCAGAGGCAGAGUCUGAGCCAUCCCCUCAGGACCUGAGGAAGAAGGAGGUGGACCCCCCCACAUCCCCAGACCAGCCUGCUGGCGAGGACGGCUCCGAGGAGGCCGGCGCUUGGGACUCGGAAGAGAGUGGCCUUCCCGCCCCGGCCCGGGGGAGGGACCACCGCCGCUACUUCCAGGAGCACUGGCGGGUGGAGUACUUGAUGGACUACAACGGGUCGCGCCACGGCCUGGUGUGCAUGGUGUGCGGGAGCUCCUUGGCCACGCUCAAGAUGAGCACCAUCAAGAGGCACAUUCAGCAGAAGCACCCGGACUCCACCCAACUGAGCCACCACGUCAAGGCCCUCAUCGUGGAGGAGUGGAACCAGAAGGUGGCCCGCCUGGCGGACGCGGAAGACUCCUUGCCCGAAACAGACGGCGAGGCAGACAAAGGUAAGGGGCAGGCGGGGUUUGAAAGCCCCCUGGUACAUUUUGCUCCUGGUAUAAUAAUAAUAAUAAAAAUAAAAAUAUCUUUAUUAUUAUUUUUCAGCCAGCUAGCCCUGGUGAUUAUCUAAUGCUUAUUAGGUGGAUUUCCCCUAAAUUGAUUUAUGAACUUUGAAUUUUAUUGUUAUUCAUGUUUUUAUACUGCAUUUUAUGCUGCUUUUACAACUAAAUGUUUUAAAUUUGUUGUUAGCCGCCCUGAGCCCAGUUUUUGAACCGGGAAGGGCAGGGUAUAAAUAAAAAUUUAUUAUUAUUAUUUAUUAUUUAAUGAAAUUUAUUAUUAUUAUUUAUUAUUUAAUGGCAUUGUUCAACCUGUGUACAAUGAAAUUAAACGAGCCUCCCGCCCCCAAACACUCAAUCUCUUAUUGAACAACACACUACCUGGUGCAGGUCUCAUUGUGACUACGUGGAGAUUUCAGGCUGGAGAAUUGGAAGAGAUCACAAGGGUCAUCUAAUGCUCCCCCUUCAGUGCUGGAAUCCACCCCCCCCCAUUGUGGGGCUUACACCCACGACCCUGAGAUUAAGAGCUUGAUGCUCUGCUGACUGAGCUAUCCCAGCUGCUCCCUGACGUGCCAGGGGAAAACAUUCAAAAUGUGCUUGUGCGCCUGCAGGCUAUAGCUGUACAGUCCCGCCUCUGGAUCCUACUCCCCAAUUUCCGCCUUGUUUUUUCUGUGUGAAUAUGCUUCCUAUAUGCUUCCUACGAUAUAGGAUAUGCAUAUAUGAAUAUGCUUCCUACGACAAAAAAUGGGUUUGAUAGGAAAACUAAACCCUCCAGAUGUUUUGGGACUACAACUCCCAUUAUCCCUAGCUAACAGGACCAGUGGUCAGGGAUGAUGGGAAUUGUCGUCCCAAAACAUCUGGAGGGCCGAGUUUGCCUAUGCUUGGGUUAGAUUAUCAUAAAAAAUGGGUGGGGCUCUUUCAUGGAGGGCAGUAUAGUAGCAGGGCUGUUAACAGGAAAGCUAAAAGACAUGGCACAUAAGGAAAAGGGAUUGAGGAGGGAGGAGGAAAAAGACAGCACUUGGACUCCCAGCUUCAUGGUUUCCCAGGUGCUUUAUUUCACAGUUCAGCAUACAGUUUAAUAAGAGUAAUAGUGAUAAUAAUUAAAUAUAAAUAUAUAAAUACGACAGUCCUAAGUUGCGGAGAUAUUUGAUAACUCCUGGCUGGACUGUGAUCUCCCCGCUGUUGUUCUUCUGUUCCUCCAGUGGAAUCUCAGCAGGCUUGCAACCCCCCUUUGUCCCCUGAGGAAUCUCAAGAGGGCGGGACAAUGCCUGCAGGAGAGGAAGAAGAUGAGGAAGAGGCCCCCGCAGCAGGAAGACUAGCUCCCUCUCAGCAAUCCUCGGAGGCUGCGUCUUCGCUGGCCGGUGCCCCGUCCCGGCGGGGUCAGCGCCGGAACUACCAGCCGCGCUGGCGGGUAGAGUACCUGAUGGAUUACGACGAGCAGCGGCACGGGCUGGUGUGUAUGGUGUGCGGGGGCACGUUGGCGACCCUUAAAGUCAGCACCAUCAAGCGGCACAUCCUUCAGGUCCACCGGUUCUCCCUGGAGUUUACGGCGCUGGAGAAACAGACCAUCCUCGAUGCUUACGCCGAAAACGGGCCGGCUCAGAAUCCCAGGCACCUGGGCACAAAGACCUCCCCCAGCCCGGACUCUGAGCCUGCCGACGUCAAGCCAAGUGUCCAUGGUGCAGGGAAAAUGGGGUUUGGUUACAAUUUGCCGGUAUGUACGGUGUAGCCCGCGGACGUGGACUGCCCUCAUGGUGACAGGGUGGACUCCGUUGACCGACGAACUCAACUUGUUUGUUUUCCUCCCCACCCCUUCCUCCUAUGGAUGGCAGAAUUCCCUUUUGGAAUUCUCAGGUUUCGGAAUUCUGCGACUGGAAUCGGAUAGUGCAGAAUUCUGCAACUGGAAGUGAAUAAUGCAGACGCCGGGGAAGUCUUGUUUUGCUUUGUCUUUGUUUCUCUCUCUGCACAGCAUCCGUUUUGAUUUGCAUGUUCUGUUCUAGUGACAAAGGGUUUCUUAAAGGUGUUUUCACCUCCCCACCCCCAAAGUCCCUUUUCUCUGCACCUGGAUUUUUUGUGCUCCCAACUAUUUUGGUAAGGUUUCGGAAAGGUAGGUGGGGUGGCGGGGGGGGGAGCUUCGGUAUUUUCUGAAGUGAGGAAGGUCUGUAAGAGCACUGUCGUGGGGGGCAAGUGCACUUAAUCGAGCCCCGAGGCCUGGAGGUUUCUGUGGGAAGCAAAGUUGCUGCUACUGUAAGGUGGGGCACCUAUUUUUUCAGCCAGAGGGCUGCCUUCCCUUCUAGGGGUGUUUGGCAGUGGUGGGCGGAGCCAGAGCCAAAAAUGGGAGGAGCAACACAGGUAAAUGCUUCCUGAGGUUCUCCUACCCUGCUCCAAGGCAUCAAGGGUCAGGUGGUUUGAUAGGUAGGCCUCCCCUUCUGGUCUGGGAGGCUGUUUGGGCCAGGCCUCAGCUGAGCCACAUCCAGCUGCCCUACCUGCGAAAUAGAUGACAUGAGACGUGGUGGAGGUAAAUAUGUCAUUCGGCCAGAGGAGGGUUUGCAGUUGCCAGAACCCUGCUGUGCCCUGGUUUUUUUUGCAAGCCGCCCACCCCAAGCAGGUAAUCAUUGGCACUUUGUGGCCUGUUCCUUUACCCACACGAUCACCUGACGCCAUUGCGACACCAAGCGGUUGACGGGUAGCUGCCCACUGUGACCUGCCCGCAGGUAGGUGGGUGGUAAGAUCCAGUUCCUCCCUCGCAAGCUGUGCCACAAAUAAUUCCCAUGUCCUCCACAAGUGCCUAGGCCCCGAAUUGCGGGUGUGCAUCAUAUAACCGAAGGGUGAACAAAUUACGGCCCUUGCCCCCAUCCCAUCCCUAGAAUAUUGCAGAACUCCUAGUAAGAGGCCUUCCUGCUUGAUGCAGCAUAGGCCGUACUUAAUAUACCACGUUAAAAUAUUUGAAACGAGGAGUUGGGCUUGUUGUGAGCAUUUCCCCUGCGAUUGCACUUAAGAUGGCCAUUUUGGACUCUCAGAUGAAUUGAGCAACUCAGCACUUCCUGGAUUGUACUAUGCCAGGUUCUGGGGCGGGGGUGGGAACCCUGCUACAUAGGAAAAUGCUAGGUUGAAUCUGUCAUGUGCUAACUUUCUACAUGCAGGUAGGUCUCCCCCCAAUCCUACCUACAAUGGAACAGUCCAGAAAAGUCACCUUGAGGAGCUGCUGACAGCGUCCCUAUAUCCUGAUUUGCGUUCUGUCAUUGGGUUUUAAUUUUGACCCUUGUCUUUCCAGGUCCCUAGCCCUAAAAGCUCUUACUCUGGUGUAAGUGAAUUAGGAGGACGUGGACUACUUUAUUUGCUGUUGGUCUUCCUCGUAAAAAGAUGUGAAUUGACAUAGGACACUCACCUUUUCUCGGUCUGUUUGCUCCCAAUGAACAGGUGCUGAGCAAGUUUCAGUAGCCAAGGACCCAAGUUCAACUCCCAGCACCUGCAGGUAGGGCUGGAAGAGAACCCAGAACCCUGGAGAGCUGCUGCCAAUCAGUGUAGACAGCACUGAGCUAGAUGGACCCAAAGGUCUAACGCUGUAUAAGGCAGCUUCCUGUGAUCAAGGCGUAUUUCCCCCUUUCCAAUACAAUCCCACUUCAAAACAAACAGCUGCAUCUGUAGGUCUCAAGAGGACAAUGUAUGCUCCACCCAAAUUUAUCUGUCUAAAAAGCUUAGAAUUAUGCAAGAUGUGGGGUGUUUGCCAUGCUUGGCCUACUCAGAAGAGACCCAGUGAAGUUUACAGACAUGACUAACUCACGUUUGUUAAUUUCAUUGGGUCUGCUCUGUGUAAGGACAACCCUUGGGUUUUCCCAAAAUGGAUUUUAUUUUUAUUUUUAAAAAACAACAGCAGCACUAUUUGUAGCAGAAAUGCCAAAACAGGGUUAGAUCAGGGUUUCUUCAGCUUUUUUGGACUACAGUUCCCAUCAUCUUCCGUGACCACUGGUCCUGCUAGCUAGGGAUGGGAGCUGCAGUCCAAAAACAGCUGGAGACCCAAGUUUGGGAAACCCUAGGUUAGAUGAGGGGACGCGGGUGGCGCUGUGGGUAAACCACAGAGCCUAGGGCUUGCCGAUCAGAAGGUCAGUGGUUUGGAUCCCCGCGAUAGGGUGAGCUCCCGUUGCUCGGUCCCUGCUCCUGCCAACCUAGCAGUUCGAAAGCACGUCAAAGUGCAAGUAGAUAAAUAGGUACUGCUCCGGCGGGAAGGUAAACGGCAUUUCCGUGCGCUGCUCUGGUUCACCAGAAGUGGCUUAGUCAUGCUGGCCACAUGACCUGGAAGCUGUACGCCAGCUCCCUCGGCCAAUAAAGCGAUAAACCCCAGAGUCGGCCACGACUGGACCUAAUGGUCAGGGGUCCCUUUACCUUUUUAGGUUAGAUGGAAUUAGGAGACUAAAGAAAUGGGGUUGGUAAACCUUUUGCACUUUGCCUUCCGGCAGCGGGGACCCUAGUUCAGUAGCAGAGAAUCUGCUUGGCAUGCAGAAAAUCCCAGAUUUAAUCUCUGGCGUUUCCAGGCAGGGCUGAGAGACACCUUGCCCAAAAAACUUACCCAUUGCUUCCAGUCAAUGUCGGGAAUUCUGAGCAAGAUAGACCAAUGGUUUGAUUUGGAGCUUCCAGUUUAUCAAUAGACCCUUUAACUCAAGAGGCACGAGGACUGGAAUCUUCACUAUCUUUCUAGGGAAAUGCGGUUGCUCAGUGAUGGAACACCUGCUUUCCAUUUGGAAUAUUGCAGGUUCAUUCUCCACCAUAAAGGGGCUGGGAAAGAUCUGUGCUCCAGACUGAAGAGGGUCUGUGGUUGAGAUGGGCGGCUCUAGGCCAAAGGAACAGCCUGAUUUCAGCUGUGUUAUGCUGGUUGAGUUGCUGAGCCUCUGCCCUGCACAGGCCAUGUGUCCAGAGUUAGUGGUGACCAGAUGCGUUAGAAAUAAAUGAGGGCUAGAAACUGAAUUUAAAAAGAGCCUACAGCCAUAUAUCAAAAAAAGCAAGGACAAGAAAAGCCGCACUUACAAUCCAAUUUGCUGAUCCUUGCUGGAAAUUAGAGCCAGAGAAUUGGAAGGGACCACGAGGAUCAUCUAGUCCAACCCCCUGCAAUGCUGGAAUCUUUUGCCCAACAUGGGGCUCGAACCCACAACCCUGAGAUGAAGAGUCUCAUGCUCUACUUUAAUUCCAUUUAAAGGAAUGUCCCCCCCCGCAGAGUUCCUUUCCCCCACCCAAGGUGAAAGUAGGAGUCACAUUUUUUGCACAGCUGUUCUCCUUCAAUCCCAUCUUUCUGAAUCAAUAGCUUGGUCCUUUUUGUAGCUAUCCUUGUGAAACGUGAACUCCGAGGUAAAAUUUCAAUAAUGCCUGUUAUGACCUUGUGACUGUAUUGGAACCUCAUCCGUGUCUCUUGUGAAAAGGUGUUUUGCAUUAAUAUGGAGGGUUUUUAAAAAAUAUUAUAUAAAUAUAUAUAUAUAAGCACUAAGUUUUGUAAAACAGGUUAUGUCAAUAAAUCCUAAAAAAAUGAUGCUAUUUUAAAAUGC